AUGUCAAGAAUCCCGGACGACGAGGACGACCCGUCCUCCACAGUACCCGCCCGUUCAAGCUACCGCUUGGCUAUGGAGUUUUAUAUCCUGGAGAAGCUGACGCAAAUGGGCUGCACUUGCACUCCCAAGCUCCUGGACAGCUUCUUCUCGGUUCAAACAGAGGAUCUCCCUGUCCCCGGAGGCUUUUUUGCUAUCAUAGUGAUGGAACGACUCCCAGGGCGCAAUCUUGCCAAUUUUGGGGAUCUGCCUAUGGCGGAAAGGGACCAGGUUCGGAUUGCGUUUGGGAAAGCAUUGCGUGAAUUUUUCGCUCUUGGAUUUCGACAUGAAGACCCCGAUCGCCGUAACGUGAUGUGGGAUCCUAAAAACAAAAAAUGGUACGUUUGUGUUCCCCUCGCCCUUCUCGGGUCUGUGGCCCGAAGCCUCAAUCACUCAUGCGUUGCUCACCUGUUCGGUAGCUAUAUCAUUGACUUUGAAUAUGCAUACCAUGUCAAGGACGCCGAUUCUGCAAAGUUCACGCCGAUGGUACAUUACCCUCUUUGGGGUCUAGCAGGGCCCAUGAUCAAUACCAGUCUCGGUGGCUUGGACCCCAUGGUUCCCUGUGAGAUACCUACUAUCAGAGAUCCAGAUGAUGAGACACUUGAACGGAUGGCGGCCGAGGCGGCAGGAAAGCCGUUAAAGCCCCAGGUGAUAUUACGAUAG